CCUGCGUUUUUUCAACCCAAUCCUACGCUUUUCUUUCCAGCUCCUGCACACCCUCAGGACUGUACCAAAGGCACACCCCAAAAGAGUAGGCAUCUUAAUUGCCUUACACAGGCCAAAGAAGAAAUACGUUGGUUCUGUGGCUCUUCUCCAAGGCACUGUCACCUCACACUUCCAGAGCUUAAGGAUUUACCUGGAGGGUUCAUGGCAAAAGUGGAAUUCCACUUCCACUCUCAAGGAAGAGGUGGCACGAGUCUUCCCUCUUAAAAUUUUUAUCUUGAAAUGUCCAAUGUGGCAGUGAAAGGCGGACCCCAGCGAACAAGAAAUCUUAUUAUUAUUAUUAUUACAAAAAAAUCUUAGCCCCGCUCCACACCCUGAACCCCAAUUUCAUCACCCCAGGACUCGGGACUCUCAGACCUCGAAUUGUGACCAAGGCCACGGACUACAAAACAGAGAAUUCUGGGGGAAGGAAGUGACGACACGGCGCAAAGCACGCUGGACUCCGGCAGGCUCGGCUCAAGAGACUCCUUCCUUCCAACGCGGCUGCUGAGGACCUGGCGGUGCUAGGAGAUUUAACUGAUCUAGCCAACUGGCAACCAUGAAUGAAUGGAUGAAGAAAGGCCCCUUAGAAUGGCAAGAUUACACUUACAAAGAAGUCAGAGUGACAGCCAGUGAGAAGGAGUAUAAAGGAUGGGUUUUAACCGUAGACCCAGUCUCUACCAAUAUUGUCCUUGUGAACUUCCUUGAAGAUGGCAGCAUGUCUGUGACCGGAAUUAUGGGACAUGCUGUGCAGACUGUUGAAAUUUUGAAUGAAGGGGACCAUAGCGUGAGAGAGAAGCUGAUGGAUUUGUUCAUGUCUGGAGACUGUAAGGCGUACAGCCCUGAGGAUCUGGAAAAGAGAAAGAACAGCCUGAAGAAAUGGCUGGAGAAGAACCACAUCCCCAUCACUGAAGAGGGAGAUUCACGAAGGACUCUCUGUGUGGCUGGGGUCUUGACUAUAGAUCCACCAUAUGGUCCAGAAAAUUGCAACAGUUCUAAUGAAAUUAUUUUGUCCCGUGUUCAGGAUCUUAUUCAAGGACACCUUGCAGCUUCCCAGUGAGAGGCCAAGAACUAUGGAUGCACUGAUUGAAAUAAGACUUCAUUUUUUGAAAAUUCUUUGUUGUUUUUGGUUAAAUCAAAGAUGGGGAUUAUCAGUGCUAAUAAGUGAACUGGGCAAGGAUGACAUCACAAAUAAAAUUAACAUAGGGACAUCAGAAUUAUAAGAGCCUUUCCUUUUGAUGGGGAUACACCUCCAUUUCUUUUCUUUUUUUUUUUUUUGUGGUACGCGGGCCUCUCACUGUUGUGGCCUCUCCUGUUGCGGAGCACAGGCUCCGGACGCGCAGGCUCAGUGGUCAUGGCUCAUGGGCCCAGCCACUCCGCGGCAUGUGGGAUCUUCCCGGACCGGGGCACGAACCCGUGUCCCCUGCAUCUGCAGGCAGACUCUCAACCACUGUGCCACCAGGGAAGCCCACACCUCCAUUUCUGUUAGGCAAGAAAUGUAUGUGAAAAAGAUGCAACAUGUUAGAUUCAAUAUAAAUGCUAAGGUAAAAUCACAGUCUUGUUACAUCCCUUGCACUAACUAGAUGUGUCUGUUUUAAAAUGUUUAUUUAAAAAAUUUUUUUGGUGUAAUGAUGUUAUAGCAUUUGAAUCAGAAUAUAUUCUUUUUUUGGUUGAAA